GAACUACCCAAACACCACAAAUUCAGUUGGUUUUGGAAGAAGGAAGGAGAAGAGCAGAAGCGACCAGACAGACUAGCACCAACAAUGGCAGAAAACAAUCCCAGAAUCGGAACAACCACCAAUCGGGCGCUGGAAGCGGAUCCAGACAGUCCGAUCGAACCGGGUCUGGAAUUGGCCCAGUUCGGUGCCGGGUGCUUCUGGGGUGUGGAGCUGACCUUCCAGCGUGUGGAGGGUGUGGUGAAGACGGAGGUUGGCUACUCUCAGGGUCAUGUACCCGAUCCCAAUUACAAGCUCGUCUGCACCGGAACCACCAACCACUCUGAGGUGGUUCGGGUCCACUUCGACCCUUCUCUUUGCCCCUACACCAACCUCCUCUCUGUUUUCUGGGUUCGCCAUGACCCCACCACUCUCAAUCGCCAGGGUGGAGAUGUUGGCACACAGUACCGUUCAGGGAUAUACUAUUACAACGAGGAGCAGGCUCGUUUAGCACAAGAAUCAAUGGAAGCAAAGCAGAAGGAGUUUAAGGAUAACAAGAUCGUGACUGAAAUUCUUCCAGCAAAGACAUUUUACAGAGCAGAGGAGUACCACCAGCAAUAUUUGGAAAAAGGUGGAGGCCGAGGCUGUAAACAGUCGGCUUCAAAGGGCUGCAACGACCCCAUCCGAUGCUACGGUUGACAAAGUAUGUAAUUAAACCCAUUCAAAACUUGAUUCUGCUUAUCAUUUGGCAAUAUGGUUUUACUUUGUUCCGAGUCUUAGAUCUUGUAGACAUUUAAGACAUACAUCGGUUCUGUAUUUCUUGUUUUGUGUCCUUUUUUUUUUUUCAGCUUGUUUCGUAUCUUUACGUGUCAUGUCUACUAAUUAUAUGGUGACAUGAAUUGUUUAGUUUACAAACAAGAGCAUCGGAGUCUCGGCCUAAUGUGUAAUGUUAAAUGUCUACAAUUAAGGAGUUGCCACCUCCAAUAUGCCGUGCAUCUUAAUAUAUGUUUGUUUGAGAAAAAAACUUCGAAGAAAUUUGAUCAUUUCUGCUUUUAACUA